CCUCAGCUCCGCUCGCAGCGCUCUAGCUUGACGAGCCCGCCAUGGCUGGAGUCGGCGGCCGCAGCGUCGCGCGUGUCUACGCCGGCGCCAACGAGAAGCACGGCCGGCAGUGGUGGGACUAUGACAACCUGGUGGUGCAGUGGGGCACGCAGGACAACUACGAGAUUCUGCGCAAGGUCGGCCGCGGCAAGUACAGCGAGGUGUUCGAGGGCGUCAACGUCGCCGGCACGGCCGUCGGUGCGGGCGCCGGCGCGGGCGCGGCCCCCAAUGCGCCGCCGGCCGCUGCGGCGCCGCGCGGGCCGGACAAGUGCAUCAUCAAGGUGCUGAAGCCCGUCAAGAAGAAGAAGAUCAAGCGCGAGAUUAAGAUUCUGCAGAACCUGGCGGGCGGCCCGAACGUCGUUGGUCUGCUGGACGUGGUCAGAGAUCCGCAGUCGAAGACGCCGUCGAUCAUCACCGAGUACGUGAACAACACGGACUUCAAGAUCCUGUACCCCAAGUUCACCGACUUCGACGUGCGCUUCUACAUGUUUGAGCUGCUGAAGGCGCUUGACUUCUGCCACUCACGAGGCAUCAUGCACCGCGACGUCAAGCCGCACAACGUCAUGAUCGACCACGAGAAGCGCAAGCUGCGCCUCAUCGACUGGGGCUUGGCCGAGUUCUACCACCCGUACACGGAGUACAACGUGCGCGUGGCGAGCCGCUACUUCAAGGGGCCCGAGCUGCUCGUCGACUUCCAGGAAUACGACUACAGCCUCGACAUGUGGAGCCUGGGCUGCAUGUUUGCGAGCAUGAUCUUCCGCAAGGAGCCCUUCUUCCACGGCCACGACAACUACGACCAGCUGGUGAAGAUCUGCAAGGUGCUCGGCACCGACGAGCUGUACACGUACCUGGAGAAGUACGACAUCGAGCUCGACCCGCAGUACGACGACAUCCUCGGCCGAUACCAGCGCAAGCCGUGGUCGCGCUUCAUCACGUCGGAGAACCAGCGCUACGUGUCCAACGAGGCCAUCUCGUUCCUCGACAGCCUGCUGCGCUACGACCACGCCGAGCGGCUCACCGCACAAGAAGCGAUGGCACACGCGUACUUCGAGCCUGUCAAGGCAGCGGCUGCGCGCGGCGAGGUGCCCUCUUGAGGAGCGAGGCUUGCCCAUCCACUCUUUCCUCGCGCUACCUGCCUGCUCUGGCAGCAGCUGUCUUGCCUCCCCCGCGCUGCACGCCGGCCGUCGUUCUCAGCUACACCUGCCCACUCUGUCCCCGUCAAGCUACGUCUCCGCAUGUCACACCC